GUGCCCAUGUGGUGUGGGCGGGUGGGUGAUUUGCAACCAUAGCGAAAAAUCUCGUUCUCCGCGUUUACCGUACCUCGGCUGAAAGUCAUGCUCGGAAACUUUACCUUUGUCUCUGAACUUCCCCCAUUAUGAUCCAUGACCUCUACUUCGGCUUACCUUUACCAUUCCUCAGUUUUAGUUUUUUAGCUUUCAAGCUCUAAAUUCUUUUCUCAUGGCCGAUGGACUUGUUCCAUCGGUUCUGAUUUUCUUGAAUUCCAUCAUCCAAUCCGAGUUACGAUCCGUUCUAUGCUGUCGCCAAGAGCUACAAGACCUUUCCAGUGCAUUUACAGCCAUCCAAUCCGUUCUUUCCGAUGCUGAGAAAAGAUGCAGAAAGGAAAAAGCUGUGAACGAUUGGUUGGUGAAGCUCAAAGAUGUAGCCUACGACGUGGAGGACGUGCUGGACGAGUGGAGAGCAGAAGCUCUCAUAUACGAAUCUCAAUUAAGCAGCAGACAAUCUACGUUGAAGCGGGUAUGCAAAUCUAUCCUCCGAAUUAUUACUUGGGAGGAAACAGCUGAUGAAACAGAAUUUCAUAUGAAAUUGGGCAUGGACAUGAGGCGUAGAUUAAAAAAUGUUAGAGAAAGACUCGAUGGGAUAUGCAGUGAGAAGUCUAAGUUCCAUUUGGAAGAAAGCAUAGAUAGCAGGAUGGAGACUUCAGAGAGGAAAACUAGUUCCUUGAUUGAUGAAUCGGUGAUUAUAGGUAGGACUUCAGGUAAGGAAAGGAUCAUACCCUGGUUAGUAACUGACAUUAGUCGUGUAAGUAACGACGUUCCCGUCAUUUCUAUAAUUGGUUUAGGGGGAGUAGGAAAGACUACUCUCGCUCAAUUAAUAUACAAUGACGAGCGGAUUACUCGACACUUCCCAAAAAGAAUGUGGGUGCAUGUUUCAGAUGAUUUUAACGAGACUAGCAUUUCCAAAGCAAUCAUUGAAGCGGUGGAGGGUCGACCUGCUCCUAGUUACUCUGAAUGGGAAAUGGUGCAAAAUCAUCUAUUGAAUGUCCUGAAAGGGGAGCGAUUUUUACUCGUGCUUGAUGAUAUUUGGAAUGAAAAUCAAGAAAAGUGGGAUAAAUUGAGGCUUCCUUUGAAUGGCGGAGUACGUGGAAGUAGAAUUUUGAUCACUACUCGCAAUGAAACUGUGUUAAAAACUAUGCGUGCAGUGAAAAUGCAUCAGCUGGAGCCUCUCUUAGAAAGCGAGUCUUGGACAUUGUUCAGUCACAUUGCUUUUGGGGAAAUAAAUACAGAAGAACAUGUAGAGUUGGAAGAAACUGGGAAAAAAAUUGCAAGAAAGUGUGGCGGAAUACCUCUUAUUAUAAACAGAAUGGCGAAUGCAUUGCGUUUCAAGAGGACGAGAUGGGAGUGGGAGCUUGUGUUGGAUGGUGAAACAUGGGAUUUUUCAAAUGUUACAAGAGGCAUUGUACUUGACCUUCAAUUAAGCUAUGAAAACAUGCCUCCUUACUUGAAGCGUUGCUUUGCCUUUUGUUCUAUAUUUCCUAAGGAUCAUGUUAUAGAGAGGGAGACAUUAAUCAAGUUGUGGAUGGCUCAGGGUUUCAUUCUUCCACAGGAAAGUCCAGUUAUAGAAAGGAUAGGUGAUGGGUAUUUUUAUGAUUUAUUAGGUCGAUCCUUGUUUGAUGCUCCAUUAACAGAUUUCUUCGGCAACAUCGUGCACUGUAAGAUGAUAGAUAUUGUUCAUGACUUCCUCAAAACUGUCAUGAGAGAAUCCUAUACCAUGAAUGUGGAAUUUCCGGACAACAUCCCAUUGCAUGUUCGCCACUUCUCAUUGAAAUGCAGUGAUGAUUUAUCAUCAAUUCCAGGAAGCUUGUACAAAGCCAAGAAUCUGCGCACGCUCCUAUUCAUUGGGUGGUCAAGAAUCACUGUGGUGGCUGAUGAUUUUUUUGAAAAUUUCAAGUACCUCAGAGCAUUAGAUUUGAGUGGUACAAAGUGUUCUUGGCUUCCAACAUCCUUGAAGAACUUGAAACUUUUAAGAUACCUCAAUUUAUCUGCCACUGGAGUAGUGUGGCUGCCUGAAUUCAUAUGUGAACUGUAUUUGUUGCAAACCUUGAAACUUAAUGACUGCGUCGAACUGUUUGAACUUCCCAAAGAGAUGUGGAAACUUGCGAGGCUAAGACAUCUGGAAAUUAACGGUACCUGGGAAUUGCGGGCUUUACCCCAUGGGAUUGGGAGAUUAACUUCCCUUCGAACAUUGUCAAAGUUCAUUGUUGGGGAUGGGAUGGAAUGUGGGAUUGGGGAACUCAAAAACCUCAAUCUCCUCCAAGGAGAGUUAGCAGUAUACCAUUUGGAGAGGGUGUCAAAUGAGGACGAUGCCAAGGAAGCAGAACUAAUGAAUAAGAGUCACCUUCGCCUUUUGGAAUUGUAUUUUGAUGAAGAUUGUUGGAGAUUGUUAGAAGAUGAAGUAGACAGGACUGCAGGUGUGCUUGAAGGCCUUCGACCCCACACAAGCAUAGAAGAACUGAAAGUAAUCGGUUACACAGGAUUGAAAUUCCCGGGAUGGAUGGAAGAUUCGUCCUUCUCCAACUUAGUUACUGUGACUCUUCGUGAUUGCCAUGGGUGCAUAAAGCUACCAGCACUUGGGACAUUACCAUCUCUCAGAUACCUUAGAAUUGAAGGAAUGAAUAGGGUAAAAUUCAUGGGUCCAGAGUUCUACAGGAACGACAACAAUGGAGACUUAACAGGUGCAGCUGCAGCAUUUCCUAGGUUGGAGACACUCGUUUUGGAGAGAAUGUAUAUUUUGGAGGAAUGGGUUAGUAAAGAAGAUGGGGGAAUGCCAUCUCUCCUUGAGCUACGUAUUGCAGAUUGCGCCUUAUUAGCGAAAGUGCCCUCGUUCCUUCAUGGUAAACUGUGGAAAGUAGAUCUUGAAUCACCAAGCAUGUACUGGGCAUCAUGUGUUUCAGAAUCCGUUGAGUUUUUGGUAGUAAAACAGAUCAGAGACAUCAACAUGUUCAUCCACCUGCCGUUCCCUCGCAAUAUCAAGUACUUGGUGAUAGAAAAUUCAGAAUAUCAGGAGUUUCCUGUUGGGAUUAAAAACUUCUGUGGGCUUCAGAUACUCGAAAUUAGAGACUGCAAAAAACUGACGAGUCUACCUAAAGAGCUCAGAGAUCUUCCUAAGCUUCGCCAACUGAAGAUCAAGGGCUGCCCAAGUUUAGAAGAAUGGUGUGAAAAAUAUGCGGAAGACGAUCAGCAACAAGCGAUGUCACACAUCCCUAAUAUCUGGAUCAGCAACCAAGAGAUCAAGCGAGAUGGGCGAGAAGUCGCUGGACAAGCAAGGGCAGCAACCAAAGAGCUCUAGCAGCACCAAUGACAAACCUCAGCAGCAGCCAAGACCUGUUCAAAGCCAAAUACCCACAACCCAGGAGCGCACUACACCAAACAGACAGCACCAUCAUCCAAAACUGAAAAUAAACUGCCUCCAACUCGGGACAAGAAACGAGAGCUCCAGCGAAAACUGCAGAAAAACCGCAAUCUCUGCGAAAUACUGAAUUCAAAACCACAAGAAGCCGGGAUUCUGUUGGGCCAUGAGACAAUUAUAAAGCUCCGCAACCACAUUACAUCAAAGCUCUCUAUUUAUUGCUCUUUGCCAGCCUCACCAGCACCUUAAUUUCAUUGUGUUUGAAAAUGUGUGACACUAACUUUGUAAUUAAAUAGCCUGAGGUUUUCUUAUCAAUUAAUGAUUUUAAAGGGUAUACAUGGAAGCGAUUACCAUCA